AUGCGUCCUGGCACCGUAUCCGACCUAUCUUUUAACAGUAGCUCCGACUGCUCCGCGCAUUUAGUCCCUUUAGAUGAGAACGGCGAGUCUGUGAUCGUGAGCGGGGGGGGAAUUGAACCGUCCUCGAGUACGCAACGCGCACCUCGCGAUGCAUCCUCGCACCCCGCGCAAUCCCACGGCGCCGCGGCAGGGCCGGCGGAUCGCGGCCUCGGCAGCCGCAUCGGCGAGGGCGUGAAGCAGGCGAUCAGCCGCCUUUUGGGCAUCGAAUCGACACCCAAUGCGGCUCUUCCCCCCUCCAGUGCGGCCUCGGAUCCACCCGAUGCCUUUCUCCCUGAGCGAAACUUCCGGCCGCUUCAUGGGGCCGGCGAGGCGGAGCCGAGCGUCCCGUUUUCCUCCCUUUCCCGCCAAGUGGCGCGAGGGAGUGGGGGCGGGCACCCCGUCGUUCACGCGCGCGAUCCGGAGGUGGUUCGCACCGAAUACAUCUUCGUCGACGUCGAGCAGCGACCGAGUGGGUUGUUUCGGGCGACGGACGCCUUCCUGAAUCCCACCGCGGGGGAUCCAUUGGCGUCGUCAUCUUUAUCCCCCUUCGCCGCUUCCUCGGACCGCCGUCUGCGGCUGCGCGGGGGACGCGAGGCGGACGGCGUCGGCGACAAGGCGGAGGAAGAAGAGGAGGAGGAGUUGGGGCUCGACCAUGAGGCGCCCGCCUACGAGUUGGAUCUGAUCUCGGCGUUGGAGAGCUAUUUGGAGAACCCGAACGAGUGCUUUUCGCACCUCGUCGCCGCCGCGCUCGCCUCGCGGUCGUCGAAGCGGCCGGUGACCGGCGCCGAGGUCGCGGCCGCGCAGCACAACCCGUUUCUCGUGCGUUUGAUCGUCAAUUCGGGGUGUUUAGACGUCAACGACCCGCUCGCGCAGCGUCAGGUGCAGGAGACGCUCGACGCGUUGAUCCCACUCGAUUCGUCCGGUUUAGCCCCCACCGUCUACGACCACCUCAAGUCGUUGCUGAAGAUGCCGUUUGUGCGGCUUUCCUACGAGCGUUAUACGCUCCUCAAGGGGAGCGGGUUUGACUACAUUAUCCUCCUGCAUACGCACCGACAUGUGCUUCCACGGGAUAGGUUCUGUUCCAUCCUCUUUAACUACUCGCAUAGUAUGUUGCAUUUUAACUGGGUCCUCAUGCUGCUUUCGAUCGUGAUAAACACCCUGGCGAUCUUGUCGGUGUAUUACGUCCUCGUGCUUUGGGCCUUAAACGAGACUAAGAGCUAUCGCAUCAAUGGGAUCUACGCGCUCGUCGUGUAUGGCUGCGGCUACGUCGCGAAUAUCGUGUCGAUGGUCUACCUCUCGCAGCGGAAGGAGGACUCGACGAUCUAUGAGGAUGUGGGGACCCUGCAUACGCCCCCGCUCUACGCGCUGCUGUUAUUCCUUCCUAUAUACGAUGUUCAUUGCCUUUUUACGUUCACACAAGCGGUGAGACGCUGGAAGCUGGUCUUAGCACACAACACACUCGUUCUUUCUAGGACCUCAUCGAUUUGCAUUGCGAUGUGGUUCGUCAUCCCGCAAAUCCUCGCUCAGAAGUAUCUUAUACAUUCCUCAGGGGUUUCGAAGGUGGUCCACAAAUUUAAUUUGAGCUACAACUUUCUGUUUUUUGUGGGCAUUGCGCAAUGGGGUCUAGCACUCUUCCGCUACGGCUACAUGAUGAUAGCCUACGAUUCGAUAAACUAUUUUGGCUACGCUAGCUUCAAAAAAUCAAUCAUGAAGAGUUACCUUGAAAGGCAUGUUGCGAUCCCAGUCUUGCUGAAUCACUCCUCGUGUUAUGUUUCAGAGGUAUCGUUGUAUGUGUUCAUUGUCAGCUUUGUGGAGAUAAACGGUAUCAAAAGCUGUAAAUAUCUUACUGUUCUCGUCAUCGCUCUCUCGGCGUCUACUUUGUUGGUGACUUCAGUGAUGUUCACAACCCUUGCCUUCAAGAACGUCCGGGUCGGUCAUGUGAGCUUCCUUAAUAUAGUCAUUAUUUGCUUUGUGGUUGGCAUAAGGGUAGUAAUACAACUCCACCAUCCGUCUAGUGAUGCGGCUGACUGUCGACGCUAUAUUAAUAGCGUUUUCGAUGAUCUUCCGCUCAUCUAUGUCAUUUGGUCUGUUCAUGAGGUUUUCUUCAUCCUUUGGCUGAUUCUACUAGCGUGGUGGCCCCUACGGAAGCUUUUCAACCUCAACCUUCUUCAGCGCUUCCUGUACCCACUGCUUCGACGAGGGAUGUCUGAGAAGAGGGACGGACAAUCAAGUCGAGAUCUAACUCGAUGA